GGGAAGAACUCCAUCUUGAUCACUCUGGGUGACAGCAGUGCUAUACUGAAGUUUGAGUCUCAUGCUGUUUUAUGGCUGCAUUUCCCAGCAGCAAAAUAUGAUGCAAGAUUUCGUGAGGACAGCCACUUACCGCAGUGCCAUCCUCCAGAACCAUGCUGACUUUAGAGACAAGGUUGUUCUAGAUGUUGGUUGUGGAUCAGGAAUACUGUCAUUUUUUGCUGUACAGGCUGGAGCCAGGAGAGUUUACGCAGUGGAAGCCAGUUCAGUAGUGCAACAUGCGGAGACACUAGUAAAAAGUAACCACCUUUCAGAUAAGAUCACUGUUUUGCAUGGAAAAAUCGAAGAAAUCUCACUUCCUGAGAAUGUGGAUGUAAUCAUUUCUGAACCAAUGGGAUUCAUGCUUUUGAAUGAGAGAAUGCUGGAGAGUUACCUUCAUUCCAAAAAAUGGCUAAAUUCCAAUGGAAUGAUGUUCCCAACAUUUGGUGACAUCUACUUGGCCCCCUUUUCUGAUGACCAGCUCUACAUGGAAUAUUACUCCAGAGCCAACUUUUGGCACCAGACGAACUUCUUUGGGAUCAACCUGUCCAGUCUCCAGCGUGCAGCAGUGGACGAAUACUUCAGGCAGCCAGUAGUAGACUCAUUCGACAUUAGCAUUUUGAUGGCUCAGCCAGUAAAACAUACAGUAAACUUUAUAGAUGCAGAAGAGAAAGACCUACACAGAGUAGAAAUGCCCUUUAUGUUCCAGAUGGCCCAGGCUGGCCUCAUCCAUGGGCUGGCGUUCUGGUUUGAUGUGGCCUUUGUUGGAUCUCUGGUAACAGUUUGGCUGUCAACGGCCCCCACUGAGCCACUGACUCACUGGUAUCAGAUGCGGUGCCUUCUUCAGACUCCUCUCUUUGCCAGGGAAGGAGAGACUCUCUCGGGGAAAGUGCUGUUGGUAGCCAAUAAAAGACAGAGCUAUGAUAUUCAGAUUGAGGUGCUGGUGAACCAAACCGGCUUGAGAUCUGGGAACACCCUCAAUUUAAAGAAUCCAUUCUUUAGGUUUGCUUAGAAGACUGUAACAAGCCAAGCAAUAAGUAAAAUGAAGGUCUGUGAAGUUCA